AUAGCGGUUUUCUGUAUUUCUAAAUCUAUCAAAUAUUCCAAAUAUAUCUUACGUUUCUCUUAGUCUCACGUAAUUUUAACUAAAAACACCGAUCGCCUUCGUUCCAUCAAUAUUGUUUUAUUGCUCGUGUAUACGAUGAUUCAUUAAUACGUGAAGUUCGUAUACUUUCAUAGCACCGAAUUUGCAAUUGUUUAGACUAGCAUUGAGAAGAUAAUUUGUAUAGAAGAGCCACAUCAAUAGUCGUCAAUGAGAAGUGGGGCGUUAGCGGCUAUGGAGGCGCAGCCUGACCUCAGCACCUUCGAGAACAAGAGCGGGCUGGCGGAGGACAUGAAGUUCCUGGCGUCGAUGCCUGAGCUCUGUGACGUCACCUUCCUGGUGGGAGACACCAGGGAGCCCGUUUGUGCUGUGAAAGCGGUCCUGGCGGCAAGGAGCAGAGUCUUCCAAAAAAUGCUAUAUCAAGCUCCAAGUCCUCAGAGAAAGAAGGAACCAGGACCAAGAGAGAACAAGCUAAGAUUAUUCUUGAAACGUUCCUCGGAGCCUCUUCUGAAUCUACAAAAUGCAGCACAGCAGAGAUCAAGUUUCGCGCAGCAAUUGGCACCUAUACAAGAGCCUUCUGCUCAGCAACAUCAGACCUUAAUAAUCGAAGAAUUUGAACCGGACGUUUUUCGUCAACUAAUCGAGUAUAUCCAUACCGGAUGUGUUACUCUUCAACCAAGAACUCUUCUGGGAGUUAUGAAUGCGGCUGAUUACUACGGCUUGGAUGAGCUGCGACGAGCUUGCGCUGGUUUCGUACAAUGCUGUAUCACCGUGGAUACUGUAUGCGCAUUACUAGCUUCAGCCGAGCGUUACAUACAAUAUAAGUGCACGAAGUCGCUGGUGCAGAAGGUUCUAGAAUUCGUCGAUGAGCACGGCAAUGAGGUAUUAAACUUGGGAUCCUUCACGCUUCUUCCUCAACAUGUUGUCAGAUUGAUCCUAGCAAGAGAUGAACUCCGAGCGGAUGAAUUUACCAAAUUUCAGGCAGCUCUUAUGUGGGGCAAAAAAUUUUGCGACACGAACCAAAACACAUCAUUGAAAGAUGUCAUUGGGAAUUUCUUGGAAUACAUACAGUUCCAUAGAAUUCCAGCGAAUGUUCUGAUGAGGGAAGUGCAUCCGCUGGGCUUGGUACCGUAUUCCAUUAUCAUGAACGCUUUGGCGUAUCAGGCAGACCCCGCUAGCGUAGAUCCAGGGAAACUGUCUCCAGCGCGAAUUCGACGAGCCGGCCGGUCGAUGUCUGUGCAGUCAUCAAUGGAUCCCUACGGGUCCAACACCACCCUCUCCUCCACCGGCUCGAGCGAUGUUCCGUCUUCAGACUCUCGGCACAACUAA